AUGUCAUUUUCGGCAGCUAAGGUUUGCUCGAAAAUCGCCGUCCCUGUGGAUAUUUUGUUGUGUGCAAAAUACCUACUCCAUUUGCGCAGCCUCAUCAUCUCCGCAGCGCAGGCAAUGGCUCCAAAACAGCCAAAUUCUGGUAUCUUUGUGGGUUUGAACAAAGGUCAUAUAACGACAAGGAAAGAGCUUGCACCCCGCCCUUCUGACAGAAAAGGGAAAACCAGUAAACGAGUACACUUCGCUAGAAGUCUCAUCAGGGAGGUUGCUGGAUUUGCUCCAUAUGAGAAGAGAAUCACUGAGCUUCUCAAAGUUGGGAAAGACAAACGUGCGCUGAAGGUGGCAAAGAGAAAGUUGGGGACCCACAAGAGGGCUAAGAAGAAGCGUGAGGAGAUGGCAUCUGCUCUCAGAAAGAUGAGGGCUGCUGGUGGUGGAGAGAAGAAGAAAUAG